AUAUUAUAGGAGUAGUUGAACGCCAUAUUUGACGUCAAAAUUGUUGUUUUUCAAAGACAUUCAAUACAACACUAAUUUGCACUAUAAUUGUAUUGAAAAUAUUAUUAUUAUAUAAGUAACACACCUAUUGAUUGACUAUUAAAUUAUUAUUACACAACACAUACACACACUUUAACAAUAGUAUUAUUAUUUUUAUCAUACAAUUAGUGUCUCUCAUAAUUGCCAUUCAAUUAUUUGUCUAUUGAUUUUGACUAUUAUUUUGAAAAACAAUGUCCGAUUUAAGUCAAUCAGUUUUGGCAUUUGAUGACCUAUUGGCCAAUACAUUGAACAACUAUUUGUCGCUGUCGGCCAAAAUCGGUGGUCAUGUGAAGACGCACUCGGAUAUGGUGUCGGUAGCGGUCAGAUAUCAGCGCGACUUUCUAGUGACGGCCUCAAAGUCUAUCAAACCGGACGACUCGACACUUAUAAACCUAUUGAAGCCGACAUCCGUACAAAUAUCGCAAAUCCAAGACUUCCGCGAAAAGAACAGAACUAACGAGCAUUUUGUUCAUUUGUCGGCCAUUUCGGAGUCGAUUCCGGCAUUGGGUUGGGUCACAGUAUCGCCGACUCCCGGUCCGUACGUCAAAGAGAUGGUCGACGCCUCCCAGUUCUAUACGAACAAAGUUUUGGUCAGUUAUAAGGAAAAGGAUAAAACACACACCGAAUGGGCUAAAGCUUGGCUAUCAUUCUUGACUGGACUUCAGGCAUACAUUAAACAAUAUCAUACAACAGGUCUAACUUGGAAUCCCAGAGGAGUCAAAGCUACAGCAGUUCAGUCUAACGGUAGUUCGGCUGGCGGUCCACUACUACCACCACCGCCUCCACCGCCCGCCGGCUUUUUCGAUGAGUCCUCCAAAGAUGACGAUAGGAGUGCAUUAUUUGCUCAGUUGAAUGUGGGAACCGAUGUAACCAGAGGUUUGCGUAAAGUUUCGGCCGAACAGCAAACGCACAAAAAUCCAACACUUCGGACAACAAGUGUUGUUCCCGAUAAGCCAACAAUAGCCGCUAAACCGGCCAAUUUGGGGGCACAGAGACAGCAGGCAAGAAUGCCACCCAAGUUUGAACUGGAGGGCAAAAAAUGGAUGAUUGAGAAUCAAAUCGGUCAGAAAAACUUAAUUAUCGAAAACGCAGAAAUGAAUCAAUCGAUUAAUGUCUACAAAUGUGAAGACUGUGUCCUCCAAGUCAAAGGCAAAGUCAACUCAAUUACUGUGGAUCUCUCCAAGAAGUUUUCCAUCGUCUUCGAUAAUAUUGUAUCUGUUGUUGAAUUCAUAAACAGUCAAAAGAUUCAGGCACAGGCUAUGGGAGUAGUGCCUACAGUAACUGUUGAUAAGGUGGACAACUUUGAGCUUUAUUUGGGCAAAGAUUCACUUAAGUGUGAGAUUAUUAGCUCAAAGAGCUCCGGUAUUAACAUAUCGGUUCCUAACAGUUCUGGAGAUUAUGUUGAACAUCCAAUUCCCGAGCAAUUGAAAACUGUUUGGACGGGAAAGGGCUUCAAGACUGAUGCCGUAGAGAGUGCUUAACUAAAACAAAAACAUUUUUAAAAAACACAAAUUUGUGUGUUUCUUAUAUGCAUUGAUAAUAAUAAUAAUCGCUUUUAUAUAAUAUUUUUUAAUUAAUGAGCAAAUUAAUUGCUAAUUGAUUAAUGAAAUAAUUUUAUUUUCUAUAACAAAAAAUUACGAUAAUACUACAGAAUAUAUAUAAAUUUAUAU